AUGGCGGUACAGAUGUUGAUGGUGUGUUUGCUGGGUGUUCUGCUUUGUCAGGUGUGGAGCUCUGCAGAACCUCAUCGCAAUGAAGAAGAGCUGCAUCCUCAGGUCCUUCACCCCUGGAGAAACCAAGGCAAGGGAAUGGUCAGGGUGAAGAGGGACUGGAUCAUCCCUCCAAUCAGAGUGCUGGAGAAUAGCAAGCAGGUUCCUGAAAACCUUGUCCAGAUCAAAUCGGACAAAAUCUUCACAGGUGAGGUGAUCUACAAGUUAGAGGGACCAGGCGUGGACCAGGAUCCCAAGAAUCUGUUUGAGAUAGACGAUAAAACAGGAGUGAUCCGGAGCAAGCGGCCACUGGACAGAGAGAAAUACAACAGCUUCACACUGAAAGCUUUUGCACUGUCCCCCAGUGGAGAGAGACUAGAGAAUCCCACCACCAUAGAGAUCGUGGUGCUGGAUCAGAACGACAACAGACCUGCCUUCUCCCAGAGCCAGUUUGUUGGCACUGUCUCUGAGUUCUCGGUCCCAGGCACAUCAGUGAUGUCAGUUUCAGCCACCGAUGCAGAUGACCCGAUGACAGAAAACGCAUAUCUGAGCUACUCUAUCAUCAGCCAGGAGAGCAUUCCUGCCAACGCUGUUACCAAGACCAUGUUUGGUAUUAACAACGAGACAGGAGCCAUCUACACAAGGGAUGUAGGCCUGGACAGAGAGGUGGUGAAAGGUUUCAGAUUAAAACUACAGGUUGCUGAUAUGGGGGGCAUGGGACUAACCGGUGAAGGUGAAGCAAUCAUACAUGUAUCUGAUAUCAACAACCACGCCCCACAGUUUAGCCCUGCCUCGUACAGUAUGACAGCAGUGGAGAACAGGCAGGACUAUGAGAUUGGCCGGGUGAAUGUGACAGACAGAGACGAUCGUGGAACAGGAAACUGGGAGGCCAAAUACGUCAUUUCCAAUGAUCUCAGCGGCAACUUUGCCAUCACUACAGAUCCUGCCACCAACCAGGGUGUUCUGACAGUGGUGAAGCCCCUGGAUUAUGAGGCAAAGAGUGUGUACAGCCUGAUUCUGGCAGUGGAAAACCUCAAUACUCUGAGCAACAAGGCUCCCAACCUCCCAGUGAGCACAGCUAAAGUGUUGGUCACGGUCGUGAAUGAGAAUGAAGCUCCACAUUUCAGGGAGGACCCUAUACAGAUUGUGGUCCCUGAGUCUGUGGUUCCUGGGACACUACUGAAAAGCAAUAUUGCCUUUGACCCUGAUAAUUCUGUCCUGAGAUAUGAGAUUACCAGAGAUCCUGAGAGAUGGUUGGACAUCAACAGAGAUACUGGAGACAUUAUGGCCAAGAGAACCUUUAACAUGCGAUCUCCACAUGUUAAAAACCACAUCUACAAUGCUGUUGUGAAGGUUACAGACGCUGAUGGGGUGUCAACCACAGGCACAGUUGCCAUCACACUGAAGGAGACCAAUGACUUCCCCCCUCAGCUCUUUCCUUUGAGUGGCUCUGUAUGCAGGGAUGCAGGCCGGACGAGUUCUGGUCUGGUUGUGACUGCAGUGGAUGAAGACCUUCCUCCGCACGCUGCGCCCUUCAGCUUUGAUACGGUUGAUUAUCUGUCAGUCAACUGGACUGUUAUUCAAGUCAACUAUACUCAUGCCUUGCUUCAGCCCCUCGUAGAGCUGGAGGCAGGAGAGUACGUGGUCACACUGAUGGUGUCAGACUCUGGCAGCCCAAUUCUGAGUGCUUAUGCUCAGGUCAAUGUCACUGUGUGUCUCUGUGACUCCUUCGGGGACUGUAAGUCUCAGGUGGGGGCUAUCUUAGGCUCCAGUGUGGGAAUCAGCUUCAUCGCGCUCAUUAUCAUCAUGGCCAGUAUUGCACUCCUACUGUUACUGCUCCUCCUGGCUGUGGCCAUCACCACAUGUGGGAGACGCCACCACAUAAAGAAGGGAACAGGUCUGCUAGUUGGUGAAUCAGAAGAUGACAUCCGUGACAAUGUCUUAAACUAUGAUGAGCAAGGAGGGGGUGAGGAGGAUGAGAAUGCCUUUAACAUCGACAUGCUGUGGAAUCCCCAUGAUGCACCUUCAACCCCGGUGUCCUACUACCCAGGGUCUGGUGUUCCUCGGGGCAAGCAGCCCCUCAGGAAGGAUGCCCCGCAAAACCUGCCCUCCCCCACCUACCCACGGAGGCCUCCCGCGGAUCCCACUGACAUUGAGGACUACAUCAAUGAUGGCCUAGAGGCUGCAGACAACGAUCCGAACGUGCCUCCGUAUGACACAGCCCUGAUCUAUGACUAUGAGGGAGAGGGUUCACUGGCAGGCAGCCUCAGCUCCAUUGCUUCAGGUAGCUCUGAUGGAGACCAGGACUACGACUACCUCAGCGACUGGGGACCACGCUUUAAGAAACUGGCCAACAUGUAUGAUCCACGUUAAGGUGGGAGGCACCCCCCUCAGAAAGAAGAGUCACCACCAGUUAGGGACACAGAUCAUGCCUCGGGUGCAUUUCUGGACACAUUUGAAGAGAUUUUAGAAAUUUGAAGUGUGCAAAGGAAAAAUAAAGGCU